UGCGCAGUCUCGCGGCGACCGGCGCGCGUCGCGUUCGUAUCGAGUGUUGUUAUCGCACGGUGAUCACGGGCGCAAGCGCGUGCGUGCGCAGGCGCAGCGCGGCAUGCACCGCUUCACGGGCCGCGACGAGCCCGCCCAGCCCACGCAUUUGAUAGAAAUCGUGGAGCCAGCCUGCGACUCAGCUGACUCCAGGCUCCGGCAUCUCAACGACAAUCUCCUUGCGUACUCACAGGCUACCGAUAUUAAUGGAUCUCCUUGUAAACUACCGCCUAAGUUCGACUUGUGCACACCGAUUUCGCCACCGCGAGCUAAAAUACUAGAGUUACUAAGGCCUGAAGACCCUGGACACGACGCGCUAGAGGCGAUUGUGAGGCCCAUUCCACGCCGUGGACUUACCCGACCGCUUGAUGAAGACACACGAAGAUUCCUACAGAGAGCGUUACAAUCUCCAGCACAAUACGUAUCGAAUCCCUCCACACCAGAACCUCAAGUGCGACCUCCAGAACCUAUAGAAAAAAUACCUCAACCAGUGACCUCAACGCCAAAGCAAAAUCCAGACGGCGAGAGAUCUCUAGCAGACGAACUGAGAGAGGCGGAGGAAGACGAACGCGCCGGUGGACACAUUCGAAGGGAGUUAUUGAGGGAGUUUAGAAAACGCGGUGGCGGGAUCCGCGAUGCUGUGGAAAGGGAACGCAUGGGAAAACUGGCGCUAUCAGUAGAAGACGACGAAGGCGACGAAGAGAGCGGUCUAUCGGCAGCGGCCAGAAGAAUAGACGCGCUACUGGCGGAGUCGCGCGACCUGCACGAAGAGCUGGCGGGGAUCCAAGAAGACCUGCAGGCGGAGUCGGUGCGAGCAUGCCGGUGCGCGGCAGCUGCGCGGGCGCUGGUCGACGAGUCGCAAGCGCUGCGCUACCUGGACGACGUGGUGGCGCUGCUGCGGGGAGAUGUCGCGGCCGCCGCGCGCGUCAGGGCCUGGCCUUUCGCCAUCGGCAGGCGACAGCCCGGCCGCAACUAUAUUAUAUGAUAGUGAGACACCGGAGUCCGUGACCUCGAGCCCUGUCAGCCGAGACGGCAUAUCGCCUACAACCGUACACACCAACAAAGCGAUCGCGACUCAUGUUACGGACAUACGUAACGCAUAACAAUUGCAAAUCAUACUUGCGAUGUUAUAAAUUCCCUAUGUUAUAUUCGGAAACAAAACGAUCAUUAAAUAUUUUUAAUUCUAUAGUUUUCAAAGUAAUUGUUAGGUAACGGAAUUAUGAAAGAAACCUGUAAAAUGUUAUACAUUAUUUAGAUUCCGUCAAUAUUAACUCUACCACCAGUUCGGAAAGCAAUUCUCAUCAGAGAAGAUCGGGCAAGAAACUCUGGUGUUGCUCUUUUCAAAAAUCAGUUUAAGGUAUAAACUACAAUACAUAAUAUAGAGAAGAAAAAAAAUACAAAUUCUUUUUAAUCUUUAUUCAGAGCAGUUCAUUUAUAUGCUCGUAAAAUAAGUGAUAAAUUAAUUUUAAAUUUCCAUACGAGUGCACAACCCUCUCAUAUGUAAAACGUAGUUGAUUUUUGAUUCCGUUCCUAUACUUAACAGACACUUAUUUACUUCAUAUAAUAUGUAUACUCAUACUAGCAUUAUCCAACUGAUAAGCGGGGAACAUGGUCACCUGAAGGUAAAUCACCAUUAUACCCAAAAUACCAAAGGAAUUGUUACUUUGCUAGUGUUACACAUAAAAUUAACUACUCAAGAUCAAUUAAUUAGAAAAUGAAUGUCUAUGUUAAAAUUAUGUAAAUAUGAUGCCAAAUUAAUUGUAUGUUUUAUCUUUUUGAUUUUCAAGUUAUUUAACGUAAGGACGAAAAUAAAUUACAAACAGGGAUUAGCAAUUGUUUUUAAAGAGCUAGAUAUCUUAUCGUAUGUUUUAAACAUGAAUAUUAAUAAAGAAAUCAUUAGUAUAUUUAUUCCAAACUUUUAAAAUUGUAAUUAUCAAUUAUAAUGAACUAAAUAUAUUGUGAUUACGAACUAAUUAAUCUUGUUUACACAUGUAUGACUAUUUUAAUGAGAUUAUAACAGUCAUUAGUAUAUAAUAUUUUAAUGCAUGCAUCGGCGUUUAUCUUAAGCUGUUGACAAAUAUAGAUGGAGACACCAAUGUACGCGCUCACAGAUAAACAAUUUGUUAAUAAAAUCACCUCUCAGGGCCAUAAUAGAUGCAAGCUCGCUCUCAAGUGCGGUUCAGCUGAGACGCGGUAUCUUGAAGUAUUUAUUUAAUGAACACACAUUUAUGUAAUAUCUUAAGUUACAAUAAGUGACAAUACACUCACGGAUUUUGAUAAUUGACUCUUGUUAAUAAACAGCACUGUCUCACCUAACAUGCGCUUAAAUAACAGCUGAAGCGUUGUUUAUUAAUAGUUCAAGACUUUAAAUGACUACUUUAGAUCCUACUCAAAGCUGAGAUUGAUUUGUUAUUACGGCCCUCAGAGUUGCUUUUAGAAUGAUAUAGAUGAGGACAAUUUUGUCCCGCGUAAGUCAUGUAUGCAACGUAAUGAACGACACUUAUACAUUUACCCCCUUAUUCAUAGACGUUUUUUGUCUAAGGACGGAGUAAAGCUGUGAUAACAAGUCUGUUUCUCAGUGCUGACGGCAUGGCAGCCUUCGCAGUGCGUAGAGAUAGGGCCGUUGUGAUUGUCUAAUUUUGUUGUAUCUCAAUAUUAGCCAAUCACAACGGCUCUAUGUCUGAUUCCCAGUGGCGUUGGGCACUGAGAAACAGACCUGUUAUCACAGCUUUACUCCAUCCUUAGAUAAAAAAACGUCUAUGAAUACGGGCGUUAGUUUUAAAUGAAAACCUGAGAAUAAAAAGCUACCUAUGCAUCUGAAUACACGUGGGAUUGCGUGAAUACUAUAUCAGUCUUACUUAUAAAAAUAUCGAAAAGAUAUGCUUAGUUACGUAUUCACUACUCUGCUCUUAAACUUCUAAUCACCGGUGAUGUUUAAUUUUGACAGCUAUUUAAGCAAUGACUUAAAUAGCUGUCAAAAUCCACCUCUAAACGUUAAACUUUGUAAGUAUUUUUUUGUUAAUCGGUGGCAAAGCAAUUGAUUAAAACAUGAGACGAUUUUAAAAGUAAGACUAAUGUGUAGCUGAUUCUUAGGUUUUCAUGUGAAAUAAAUAUAUAUUAUGUCACUUGCAUCCAAGAUGUGUGCGAUGCCUGUUUCAUUUUAUCGAGAUCAAUACUUUUCUCAUUUUUAGAUCUCAUUGUAUAGAAUUUACACUUAUAAUCCUGUAUCAACGCCGUAGACAACCAAGUAAGAGAGGCAUGAACUAGAGAUGCAACUAGCUAGAACCAACUAGAACAUCAAGAAUCUAAACAAUUCUACUUAGUUGCAUAUGUAACUGCAACAUUACGAAGACAAGUAAUUUUGAACAUUUUAAUAAAUAUUGAAGCUUAAAACCCUAUAUUGAUAUUAACUUGUCUAUGGCGCUGAGUAUUCUAAGAAAAAUAAUUUCAUGUCCAUUUCACCCAACGUCCCCUACCUUGGGAGACUUAAUUCUCAACACAUCAUCAGCCUACGGCGCGGCGCGGCGCCACCACUGUCAACACGUUCAUAGUGUUUGCGUUUCCUUAGUUGCCUUAGGCGCUCGGCGCGACCAGAUUAAGCUGCGCCAAAUGCAUUUUUAUAAUCCGACGCAUACGUUCGCAAUUUGAAUGACGCGACUGUCAAAAAUGGCGGACGGGGACUAAGGCAAAGCGCCCCAAUUUUUCCGUGUGUUAGACGUAGUAACUUUUUUAUUUAUAUAUUUUAUGGUCAAAUGGAGUGAAUAGGGUAGAAACGGCCUUUUACAAAUUUAAAAUUAUUAAAAAUUUGUUUAAAUUAAAUAAUAGUAAAGUGAAUUUAUUUAUGUAUUAUUAUAGUCUGAUCAAGAAAAUAAAAAACUCGCGAUGUCCUAAAAUAUGUAACAUUUUUUUAAUGAUAACACGAAAAAGCACAAGUGUCUUAGCAGAGUUUUUAUUUUCCUGUUCAGGCUAUGAAAUACAUUAUCCCUAUUCACACUAUUUGAGUUUUAACCGUUUUUGAUCUAUAGGUGUAAUGUAAUAUUAAGAACUACUGAUGUUGAUCUCUGAGACUGAAUCUACGAUGGUUAGUGCUAACUUUACUUCGAUCAAAUAUUUGAAUCAUUAAACAAAUUGAUGGGAA